AGAGGUGCCCGGUCGCCCCAGCAACCAAGUCGCACCUGGAGCUGUCCUAGCGCCUAGUUCUCUCCCGGCUGCAGAGCUGGCCGCCCAGGGGGAGUCGCAGAGUUUGGAAGAUCUCUCUAACACCUCUCGGCCAAGUGAGUGCCCAUCCUCCCAACGACACGGGCAGAGAAGGGCUCCUUUAAGUCGAACUAGCGUGGAGUCAGAACUUGCUUGGCCUCCGGUAACUCCUGUAGGGCUUCAGAAGUGUAUAAGAUCAGCUUUAUCUUUCCAAAUGGAGACAAGUAUGAUGGCGACUGUACAAGAACAUCUUCUGGAAUCUAUGAAAGAAAUGGAAUAGGUAUUCAUACCACUCCUAAUGGGAUUGUCUACACAGGAAGCUGGAAAGAUGACAAGAUGAAUGGUUUUGGAAGACUUGAGCAUUUUUCAGGAGCAGUAUAUGAAGGACAAUUUAAGGAUAAUAUGUUUCAUGGACUGGGGACUUACACAUUCCCAACUGGGGCAAAGUAUAUUGGAAAUUUCAAUGAAAAUAGGGUAGAAGGUGAAGGGGAAUAUACUGAUGUCCGAGGACUAGAAUGGAGUGGUAACUUUCAUUUUACAGCUGCUCCAGACCUGAAAUUAAAACUUCACAUGUAGAUGUGCUUCACAUUGUAGAUUUAAUGUUAAAUUAAAGUUUAAAUGUAGUAAUUGAAGCUUUUAGUUGUAAGGAAAGCAACUUAAUCUGUUAUUUGAAAUGACUUCAUACACUACCCCUAUAAGUUUGCCCAAUAAAACCAUCACUUCCUUA